UUUUCAAUUUGAAAAUGAUUUUUCUGAAUUUUUCCGAAGAAAAACUCGCCUGAUAAGCAUCUGUUUAAUAAAUUUCUUAAAAUUUUACAGAGAAAAAUGUCGAAACCAUUAAAGAAUCUUGUUAUUCCUGAAUCAAGUGAUAAACACAACGAUACGGAGUCUGAUGUAUCUGACUACCCUGAGAGCUAUACUCCAGUUCCAAAACUUACCAGUUUUGAGCUUUCUUCUCUGAAUAAUGAGAGAAAAAUGAUUAAGAACGAUCUUCUUCUCACAGCUAGAUUAUCUGAAAAUAGGCAUAAAGAAGCCUUACACAGUAGAGCGCAUAAACUUAAGCAUCAUUAUAGAGAGGUAGAAGCAUGUGACCAGGUUAUGGCUUAUGGCUUCGUUGCAAUUAUGUUUCUUCUGACAGGUUUCUACUGGUUUAUCAUGAUAUUCAGCCUGGAAAUAAAGGAGACUUUUAUCAGUUAUCACGUGAUUGCCCCAGCUUUUGUGUAUGGUUCAAUAAUGCUCGGAGGAUUAAACUUAAUCCUUUAAAUAAUUGUCUUAUGGGAUUAAACUUAAUCCUUUAAAUAAUUGUCUUAUGGGAUUAAACUUAAUC